AUCAUUAUUGUUAUCUCAUUCGGUUGAAUCAUAAUAGUAAAUUAUUUGUUGAAUAAGGUAAAAAAAAUAACUUUGAAUCUUGUUAUGAUACCGAUUGGCUUUCUAUCCUUGUCUUUUAUUAGAAAAGCAGAUUACAUUAUGGAAACGAUGGCAAGUGGAGGCAAAUUAAAUUAAGGCAAGUGCUGGCAAAACAGCCAUCCGCAUUCUUGCACUUGUCGUCAAUUGCACGCACAUGGCGAGAGUGUGGAUGCCGCAUUAAAUUUGUACUUUUCCUUUUUGUCUUCAAUUUCAGCUUUAGCUUCACUCAAGUGUUUCAGACUGACGUUUUUGAUUUGCUAUUUCUCGUCUUGUCAAUCGAAUUCCUUAAAAUAUCAAAAGAAAUUGUGCUUGUUUUGAAAAUUGUUUAAUUAUUCUGUAAAAGUUAUUCGAAUUUUUAUCGCCACAGGCUUUUGUAAACAAAUAACAUAAUGAGUUCUCAGGCAGCAGUCGACAUGAACGGACCUAUCGCCACUUAUGUAAAGGAGGCAAUUGCACAGGAUAAGGUGGUCAUAUUCUCCAAGACCUAUUGUCCAUAUUGUAAACUAGCUAAGGAGGUAUUUGAUAAGAUCAAGAGUAAAUAUACGUGCAUAGAGCUCGACAGUAGAAAUGAUGCCGACUCAAUACAAAAUGUAUUGGGUGAGAUAACUGGAGCACGAACGGUGCCUCGAGUUUUUGUGAACGGUGUCUGCAUCGGUGGAGGCUCAGAUGUGAAGAGUCUGCAUGAGAAAGGAGAGUUGGAAAAGUUGCUAGCUUAGAAAAUUCACAACUUUACCUAAUCAAACUAUUAUAAAAAUAUCCAUGAGUACAUUAAUUUAAUCUAUUAUGAAAAAUCAAUUUCUAUCUUUAUUAUUGGUGUUUGAUUAGAUGAUAAAUGUAAUAAAUUUUGUUACUUGAAAGUUUUUGUA